AUGUCUUCUGGUGAAACAGAAAAAGACAGUGAGAAUCUUUCUCAAACAAAUGCUGAACAAAAAUGUGAUGCUAAUGGAAAUGGAAAUGGAAAUGGAAAUGAAAUUUCAGCAGCAGAAAAUAAGAAUUAUUCAUAUAUUUCCAAUGAUUUAUUAGAAGAGUAUCAUAAAACAGUUGAAAGUAUGAGAUCAGAAAUUACAACUUAUGAGAAAGAACAAGAAACUUUAUCAAAUGAAGUUUUACGAUUAGUUGAAGAAAAUAAAAAAUUAUCUAAAGAAUUGAGUGAAGCAAAUACAAAUAAAUCUACAGCUGAUGAAAAUAAUGUUCAUAACCUACAAGAGCAGUUAAGAACUAUAACUGAGGCAAGAGAUUCUGCAGUUCAAAUGUGGCAAAACGCUGUUCAAGAAAUUACACGACUUCAGCAUAUUGUUCAGGAUAAUAAUGAAAAGCAGACACAGUAUGAUCGUGUUGUUCGAGAAAAACGAGCAGCAGAAGAAGAAUUAGAAUUAUUACGUAAAGAAGGUUUGCAGAGUAAACCACAAAACAGUUUACUGUUUGACGAUCUUACUAAACGUCUUGCUACUGCAGAACAAUCUCGAAAUCAAGCUCAAUUGAAAAUUCAGUCUUUGGAGUCCAAAAUAAAGAAAAUGGAAACUUGCCAUCAACAUGAAAUGUCUUUAUGCAGUAAAGAGAAAUUAAGCCUGCAUGAACGAGUUCAAGAAUUGCAAGAAGAAUUCAGUCAGAUUUGCUUAGAGAAAGUAAAAUUAACUGAUGAAAUUGAACAAAUGAAACAACAAAUAAAAGAUACUGAAAAAAAUGGACUACUUUUAGAGAAAAAUGCUGAGAAAGAAAUUAAAACAUUGAAGAAAAAACUGCAGCAACAACAAGAAGAAUGGCAAUAUCAAUUAAGAAGUUUAGAAGAAAGAUUUCAAACAUCAGCUUUUGAAUUACAAAAAUUGUUGGAUGCACAGAAGAAAAUGAGUGAAAAAUGGAAAGCUGAAGCUAAAGGACUUGCAGAUAAAUUAGAAAAAGAGACAAAAGAGAUGUAUCUUGAAACACUUAAUCUUCAGCAAACUAAUGAGAAGCUAUAUUUAGAGUUAGAAAACUCACAGAUACGAAUUGCCCAGAGUGAACAACAAUUGGCUGAAUACAAAGCUAAAAUUUUAAAUUUACAACAACAGAUGAAGAAUCUACAAUCACUUUAACAUUUUACAUAAAGUAUAUUUUUUAUACAUAAAAAG